CAGGCGCAGAGAGAGAAGAAGAAGAAGAGGAAGAAGAAGAAGAAGAAGAAGAAGAAGAAGCAGAAGCAGAAGAAGCGGUGGAGAGUCCGACACACAGCGGCAAGUAUGACAGGAGACAAGUUUACAGGCUGAGCUAGGCUGGUUGGCAGCCGUUGUCGUACUUGGAGAGACAACGCAGAACGCUGGACGUCGAGAAAUCCCUGUGCAGCCUGUUUUACUUCCAAAGUAACAUUACCUGGUGGACACGUACAGUUUGGAUACAGAGCGGCGGCGGCGGCGGCAGGAGCAGCAGGGCGAGUGUGUGAGUGCUUUGGCGGCGAAACAUGAACAAAAACCACCGAGUGCCGAGCAACCGUUCUCUGAGUGCCGUGGAGGUGAAGAGCAAGUUUGGUGCAGAGUUUCGUCGGUUCUCUCUGGAUCGUUCGAAGCCGGGCCGCUUCGAUGAGUUCUACGGCCUCCUACAGCACGUGCAUCGCAUCCCCAACGUGGAGUUGUUGGUGGGCUAUGCUGACGUGCACGGCGACCUGCUGCCCAUCAACAACGAUGACAACUACCACAAGGCCAUCUCCACUGCCAGCCCUCUACUCAGGCUGUUCCUGCAGAGGAAAGAGGAAGCUGAUUAUUCAACGUUUGGUACCGACUCUCUGACCAGGAAGAAAAACACGGUGCUUUCGGCAGUUCUUCUGCGGCCUGACACCAACAGGAAAAAACCGCCAGUUAUCAUCAGUCUCCCGAGAGACUUCCGCCCCGUCUCCUCCAUCAUUGAUGUGGACAUCCUGCCUGAGACACACCGACGUGUGCGCCUGUACAAGCACGGCCAGGAGAAGCCGUUGGGCUUCUACAUCCGCGACGGCUCCAGCGUGCGGGUCACACCGCAGGGCCUGGAGAAGGUCCCGGGCAUAUUCAUCUCUCGGAUGGUUCCCGGCGGGCUGGCGGAGAGCACCGGCCUGCUGGCGGUAAACGAUGAGGUGCUGGAGGUGAACGGUAUCGAGGUGGCUGGGAAAUCUCUGGACCAGGUGACGGACAUGAUGAUCGCCAACAGCCACAACCUCAUCAUCACCGUCAAGCCUGCCAACCAGCGGAACAAUGUUGUCCGCAGCGGAGGAGGGGGUGCGGCGUCCGGUAGCUCAGGGCGCUCAUCGGACAGUGGUGCGAGCUACUACGGCUACUCAUCGCAGGGUACGGUCGGCGCAGCAGCCUCCAUGCCGUCGCACAUCAUCCAGAACUUCCCCGUCGGGGAGCUGGAGAGCGACGAGGACGACGAGGACCUGGUGAUCGAGGCAGGAGGCGACGCCGAGCCCAUCAGACGCGCCCCCUCCAACUACAGCAUGCCCUCGCUGCCUCGCUACGAGCCGCACCUCAACCUCCGAGCUGCCACCACAUCCACGUCCUCCAUCUCCAUCAACGCCAACGGGACCCUGCCGGCCAGCGCCAGCAGCGGAUCACUAAGCAACGCCAACGCUACGUCGACCACGCCGUCGCCAGACAGAGCAAUGGAGAGGCGGAGUCUGGAGGAAGACGGCACUGUUAUAACCCUCUAGACUGGGCGUUCACACACUAAACACUGGAAACCUGAAAUGGACUCAAAUACUUUGACACACACUUGGGGGAGUCAUGGACCACCAGAUGAGACACAUCCCAUUCCAUCAAACAUGUUCAUCCAUACAGUGACUGUACCUGAGAAGCACAAUAUGUGUACAUAUUAAAUCAACACAACAACAACAACACUGACACUAAAAUGUUUGUACGUCCUAACAUUUACACGUAAAACACUGCACCCAAGAAUUCGCUCUUCUACAUGCCAGUGACCCUGCACGUGUGCCAUAGCGGUGACACCCCCCCCCCCCCCCCCCCCCCCACCCACCCACAGAAACGUCAGAGAAAGAAAAUGUCAUUAGACAAAAACCUCUCUCCCCCUGCCCUCUACCUUAUUUCCAAAAAAUUAGAAGCACUUGUUUUUAUUCCAAAAACUCUUGUUAACAUGAGCUUCCACUAGAGGAUGAAGAUGAUUCUUUUAAUCAGUCCUAUGAAUAGAUGAAGGUACAAGUGAACGAGUGAGUUCUUCCCUCACAACACACACACACACACACACACUGAAACAGGAUUUUAGCUCGAGCUCUCAUUGACAAUCUGUAGUUGUUUUUUUUUGCCUUGUAUCUCACCCCCACCUCUGCACCACACUCUGACCACUUCCCCCCUUCCCCCCCCCUCCCCCCAGGUGACCACAGCAUGCAACCGGUAAACAGUUGCGGUACUCGAACGAGGCACCGAAAUAAUCUACCAAAUGCUGAGAUCUGCAAUAAUACUGUUUUUUUUAUUAGAGGAGAAACCACCUUUAAAACAAGUCUGGGUCUUUUUUGCGUCGGCUCAGAUGCUUUUAACCACUGUUCUUAGCUGUGUUAAUGAUUGUCUGAUCAUGAAUGGUUGAUUUGAAUCAUUUGUGGGAGCAGCUUGUCUCUCUUGUAAAAUCCCUUUACCAUUAGGCAUAUGCUUUCUAUUUUUGAAUACUUUGUGAUUCUUUUUUUUUUUUUUUCUUGUAUCUCACAAUUGAUUUAUAUGACCAGCUUCCAUCUGACCAAUGGCAAGCUUCGAGUCACUAAUCCUACCUGGGACAAUGGGACAUGUUAGAAUGAAUUCGCCUCACAUAUUUCCUUCAUAUUGCACUCUCUCUCCUUUCCAUGACAAGGGCUAUUUCCCCUGCUGCAUGUGUACAAAUGACAAAAUGUGAAUGUGAUUUCAUUUGUUUGUUUGUUUGUUUUUUCUCUCUCUCCAUUCUUUCUGGACCACGACUCAAUAUCUAAUCUCAGUGCUGCACAGUAUAUUCAUCUCUGUUGUUUUCCAGCCGGGUCCAGAGUUCACUGGGAUGUGUCCUGAGACAUUCACAUAUGAAAAGUGUUCUCCAGUAUUUCUGCACCGUGUCCUUUUCAUAUCUUCACUCCUUAAAUUCAAUGAAUGGCACACUAUGAAAGAAUGUAACACAAUAACUGUAUUCUAAAUAGUUAGUAGAUAUUGACUACGGGCCUAAAUUGCACAUCAAUAGCUGGACUGUAACACAUUGAGAGAGUAAAACUAAUCGACCGUAGAAGUGAGCUGGUACAUACAGCGAUGUAAGAGAAACCCACCUGUGAGGUCAAGUAAGUCGUGGUCAGACUGAGUCAUAUUGAAACAAACACACAUGCAGGUACGCAAACCACACAAAUCUAUUCAGUUUCUAUAUUUGAUAAAGGUGAGGCUGGUCUGUCUUAUGUACAAUGUCUCUCUGGGCUCUUGUCUGGAUUUGGCAUUUCCACUGAAGCUGUUGCUUCCCUUGAAAAGUCCCAACAAAACCCUGAAAUGUUUCAACUGUUAGAGGCAAAUUUGUGAUUUUGGGCUAUAUAAAAAUACAAUUUGACUUUUGAUUGCAUUUUGGGUAGUGGAGUUUAUCCACUAUCAUGUAAUUUUUUCUAUUGCAGCUUUAAAUUGUAUUAAAUUGCACUUAACCUCAAUUAAUUUGAUGAUGAAAUGACUCAGAAAUGUGUGUGAAAGAAGUAAUUCUGGCACCGUUUUAGUCCUUGGAUAGUAACAUUUAUUGGAGGUAGACUGUAUAUCCAUUACCCUCACAUGCUGCUGCUAACUGCCUCCCUGAAGUGAGAGCAGAUGGUCUAUUAUUUCUUUUAUUGAUUUUCAGCGUUUGCCCUUCUGUUAAAAGCGACUUUUGCUCACUCAUUAAAACACGGUUGACACACA